AUGGCUCAGACCAACCGGUAUUUAUCGCCAACAUAUUUAAUGUUAUCGGUGGAAGAUUGUCUAAGACCUGGCGGUUCCUACAAUACUGCAAGUAUUGUGGAGAUGACAAUUGCAUUUAGGGGCCAUGUUAUCAAGCUGACGUGUAUAGUGAUCGUUGCAUGGAGAGUUGAAAGUGGUUUUCCAGGUAGUGCUCAGUGCAUCAGUGAUUUGGUUACGGAGGAAAGUAUUGACGAAGGUUUGGAAAGUGACAAAUGGACAGAAAUGUUCUGUCAAAAAUUUAUUGGUAAUUUGAGUAUGCGCUCACUCAUUGCAUCGUUUGUGUUGUCUGUACUGCUGCUGAAUUUUGAUGCUUUUUGUAAUUCGAAUGGUCAGCUGAGUCCGCAAGAAUUAGCCCCACCGAGGCCAUUUUUCCCAUCCAGUUCGAAGAAAUAUCUUGUUGACUAUUAUACUGGUAAUGAUGCAGAACCACGGAAUCUGUUAUACAACUCUGAAAUUGUCAUUGUUAUGUAUUAUGCACCGUGGAGCAGGAGAUGCACCAGAGCACGUGUAAUCUUCGAGAAUGUUGCGAGAAGUUUAAACGCAUCUUCUGAUAUAUCAUUCGCAGCAGUCAACUGUUUUUUUCCCCAUGGAGAUUGUAGAAAAUCUCACAAAACAUAUACAUAUCCAGUCAUUGUUGCAUAUAUCGGAAAGCAAAGUUUAAUGUAUACCGGUUUACUGGCAUCAGACUACAUAUACAGGUGGAUAUCACGUUUGCGAAACCCUGUUCGUCGUCUUAUAACUCCAUUCGCUUUGAAUAGCUUUCUGGACGAAUUUGAUGAUGCAGUCAUUGCAUUUUUCCAUGCGGAGAUUGCAUUUGCUAUAUCAUAUGAAUUUCAACAGUAUAUCAAAGCAGCAUUAAUUGUUUUCCAACAUCAAGAUUUGCUGGAUAAUGUUGGUUUCGCCGUUGUGACAAAUUCAAGCUUAGCAAUGGACUUAAAUUCGUCACCGAAAACGUGGAUUCAGCUGAGAUCUUGGAACCGUACUUUCAAUUAUAAUAGAUCAAAUAUGACUGCUUAUAAAAUCUUCGAGUGGGUUAAAAAGCAAGCACUUAAAUCAAAUGGUCUUCAGUGGAUUAAUCCAGAAAUGAAUGGUAUUGCAAAAAGUGAGGAGUUGCUAUCGGUUUUACAACAUGGUGCAACAGUCGUGGUGUUUGUAGAUCGUCAGGUACUUUACCCGCAUAGCUGGACAGUUUCAGUGGUUAAACAGACUAUCAUGGAAUAUUAUGCAUGUGGUGCAGAUUUAACCAAUCAAAUGAAAUCUAGAUCAGACAAGCUUGAUGCAUUGGUUAAUGAAAGAAAUCAAAUAAUUACAGUGAACAGUCAUAAAUGUCAGAAAACUGGUGCUCAUAUUAUGGAGAUCCGAAAGUGCUGCAUGAUAGAGAAAAAUUUUCUGGUGUCUCGUUGUUUGCAAUGUCAAUCCAAAAAAGGAAUGGAUUUUUCAGAAAGUGGAAAUUGCAGUCAACUUCCACUCUUCUUUUAUAAUACUUACUCAUCACUGUUUCAUAAUGUGCCUUGUUUAUCCAUCCUUUCGAUACUAAGCGAAGAGCAGUUGUUGAGUGAUUGCUGUGCACUCCUGAUUUCUAAAAACCACCGAUUGGAUAUAUCACAUAAUACAUUUGAACAGUGUGCCAAAUAUAGGCUUGCGCGAAAUCUUUAUCAUAAUAUUUCUGGUUCAGCCCCAUCCACUUGUUACCCGUUUGAUGCAACAUCGGUCACGGGCCUUUCAUGCGACAAAAAUAAUUCGCUACGGUUUAUCGGUGUUGACAGUCGAUAUGGUGAUUAUAUGCUAAAGCGAUUGAGGAGACCAUACAAUGGGCGGACUGUCGUACUAAUUGUGGAUCCGAGUACUGAAAGAACUUUUUUUAUGCAAAGCGAGUUUUCCAGGCAUGCUUUCCGUAAUUUUUUACGUGCAUUUCACAGUGACUCAUUGGUGCCACACGUUAUUUCCAAAGUUCCACAGAAGGAAUCGGGAAAUUUGACACAUGAUAAUUUGUCUGUCUUACCGAGUACCAGUGCAAAUUCCUUUGGAACGGAUGUUAACUCGUCUGAGGAUAUUGUAGUGUUUUUCUCUGGAGGAAAUUGGCAUGGACCAAGUGCUGCCAUAAUUCAUGUUUACCAUUCAGUGGCCCACUACUUCCAUCCAUUUCUUAAAUUCAUCAAAUUUUACAUAAUUGAUGUUUCGUUAAACGAUCUGCCGUCGCAGUUUCAAAUGGAUACAUUGCCAGCAGUUUUAUUUUUCCCUGCAGAAAGGAAGUCGUCUUCAUCACGAUUUCCAGCUUUAGUUCCACUUACAGUACCAAAUUUGAUAGCGUUUAUCGUGACGAGAUGUCAAAGGGAGUUGCGGUGGCAGUUAGCCUUAUUUUCUUGUUCACUAUUAUGUAUAAAGAAGAACAGUAUACGUUUGCAAAAGAUUGCUAUCAUAAUAAGGAACGAUAUCACAUUACUGAGGUUGCUUGCGUCUUCCAGCUACGAGCAUUCUCAUCUUUUUCUACAUUUAAUACAAAGACGCUCUGAACAACUUCGUUCCACACGUAGACUUCUGAAGACAAUGUCGAUGCCCAAAUUCUCUUGA